AUUGCAGAUGGAUGAGAGUGAAGCAAACUUUCAUCCUGAAGGCAUGACAUCACAAGCAGAUGAGGCUGGGGAGGGCGACCAAGGACAAACUGGAUCUACAUUGCCAACCAAGAAACAAAAAAAGAGUGAAGAUAAUGUUGCUAAGAAAAAGAAAAAAACUUCAAAAUAG